AUGGCAGCGGACACCUUCUGCCCCACCUGUGCAAAUUUACUAUUUGUGAAAGCGUCUGAAGUAGGAGAUCUAGUCUUCUACUGCCAGUGCUGCCCCUACGUCUAUGCCAUUGACAGACAGAUCACACGGGCUGUCCCUCUAAAGAAGAAGGAGGUCGAUGACGUGCUUGGAGGUGAGGACGCUUGGAAGAACGUCCAAAAGACAAAUGUGCCAUGCCCAAAGUGCGGCCACACGGCAGCAUACUUCAUGGAAGUGCAGACGCGGUCUGCAGAUGAGCCUGCCACGCUGUUCUUCAAGUGCGAGAAGUGCGCGCACAACUGGCGUGAAGGCUAAUUCACUGGGAUCGGAGUCUGGAUCCUAUCCAACAAUUUUGAAGCAAUAAAGUGCCCAGCAAACGCCUUGGGUUCCAUUCUGGAAUCAAACGAACGAAUUAAAGAGCGUCCAUGAAUUUUGUUACUUCUUCCCUGUACUCAUCAGGGUAGACCCUGUAGUGCUCACAGUGCGGCGAGUCGGGGAACAUUCUGGAGUGCACUGUGACUCCCCUUGCAGCCUGCGGUGCAACAGCACCAUGUGGUCAUGGUUGUAAAAGCGUAGAAGUUGGCGUA